UCCAAUCAAAAGCUGCUGCUUCAGUUCAUCCUCCAAUCAAAAGGUGCCUCUGCUGACCACUGCCUCUGCAAAGAACAAUGGGAUCGGAGCACGAGAAGACCGUGGACGUGGAUGGCAUACCCUUCCCGCAGGAGAUCAUCGCCGGCACCAAGACGCUUUCGCUCGUCGGCCAUGGCGUCACGGACAUUGAGAUCCAUUUCCUCCAGAUCAAGUUCAACGCCAUCGGGGUCUACAUCGACACGGACGGCGUCAUGGAGCAUCUGCAGGGCUGGAAGGGGAAGAACCAGCUGCUGGAAGACGACGCUUUCUUCAACGCCCUCGUCUCCGCUCCGGUGGAGAAGGUGCUGAGGCUGGUGGUGAUCAAGGAGAUCAAGGGCUCGCAGUACGGCGUGCAGCUGGAGAGCUCCGUCAGGGACCGGCUCGUGGCGACCGACAGCUACGACGACGACGAGGAGGAGGCGCUCGAGAAGGUCGCCGACUUCUUCCAGUCCAAGUACUUCAGGCCAGGGUCCGUAGUCACCUUCCACUUCCCGGCCACCGCCACGGGCGCCGCGGCCGAGAUAUCGUUCGCGACGGAGGGCAAGGAGGAGACCAAGGUGGCCGUGGAGAAUGCCGGCGUUGCGGAGAUGAUCCAGAGGUGGUACCUCGGCGGCGAGUCGGCGGUGUCGCAGAGCACCGUCAAGAGCCUCGCCGAGCAUUUCGCCGCGGUCCUCUCCUCUCCAUGAUUCGUUCCAAGUC